GGCUGGCGUGCCACGUCCCAGGCUGUUAAGUCUUCCCUAGUUGGCUCAUGGGCUCAGACUUAAAAAGCCAAACUGGGUUCUUCUCUGGAGAGCAAACCCAGCUUUUUUCCUCGGUUGGAGUCCAUGAAUUGAGACACAGCCUAUAUACUUUCCUUCUGACCUCAGGUCAAGUCUAGGUGUCAUCCUCGACACCUGACUUACCUUCACAUUCCGCAUCACUAAUGUUUCUGUGCUCUGUUAUUAGUUUUUUGUGUGUGUGGGUGUGUGCGCUAAAGCCAGAGCUAUAUGUGUUUGAAAAGAACAGUUUGGUGCUAAGUGAGCUGUGUCUCUAGUUUAUCGCUAAAACCUGUUUGUGACCUGAGCAGUCAAACGAGAYGUAUGAGAAAGCUAUASUUCUCCUUUAACRUUCUGUUCAUGUGUUUCAGGGGUUCCUGCCGAWGCUCAGAUGCUGAUUAAAGAGGAAGAUCCUGAAGAACAGAAGCCUUACGUGGACCAGCAGGACAGAGAACAUCUCCACAUAAAAGAGGAAGAGGAGGAAAUGUGGAUCAGUCUGGGGGAAGAGCAGCUCAAUGUGAAGGAGGAGACUGAUGACACCAGAUUUUUAGUCACUGCAGUUCCUUUGAAGCAUGAGGAUGAUGAAGAUAAACCUCUCUUCUUACAGCUUCAUCAACACAAAGUUGAAGCCAAAGCUCUUCCAACCAGCAGCUCAGCUGAUAACGCAGAAUCAACAACUGUUGGAGAGUCCUGUGGAAGAGCAGAAACUACCGGAAACACAGAUCUGACUACUCMUGAAGAGGAUUSUGACUCUUCAGAAACUGAAGACAGUGAGGAUGAUGAAGAGGGCAAUGUUGUGAACAAUCCUAACUCUCAGYUGAAAAACUUAGACUCUGGGUCAAAAACUGAAGACACUGUUACAGACUGUGAGCCUUCUCCCCAUAUGGGUCUUGAAUCAGGUGUACAAAAGAACAAAAAUGGAAAGAAGCUAGUUUGGUGUGAUCUUUGUGGGCAAAGGUUUACUUUAAAGGGACAUUUAGUUGCUCACAUGAGAAUCCACACAGGAGAGAGGCCAUUUUGUUGUGAACUGUGUGGUCAAAAGUUUACCAAUAAAAGCAAUUUAAACUCACACRUGAGAAUCCACACAGGACAGAAACCAUUUUGUUGUGARCUGUGUGGGCGAAAGUUUUCAAAAAAGAGUAGUUUAAACAAUCACACGAGAAUCCACACAGGACAGAAGCCAUUUUGUUGUGAGCUGUGUGGGCGAACGUUUACCCUAAAGGUACAUUUAACUACACACAUGAGAACCCACACAGGACAGAAGCCGUUUUGUUGUGAACUGUGUGGUCGAAGGUUUACCAAAAAAUGCAAUUUAAACAAACACAUGAUAGUCCACACAGGACUGAAGCCAUUUUCUUGUGGGAUGUGUUAUCAUAGGUUUACCACAAACAGUGAUUUAAAAAGACACAUGAGAGUCCACGUAGAAAACAAAGCAAUCAUUCCCAAUGUCCCCCUGGUGAGAAAACACACAGAGGAAAAACAUAACUUUGUUUUUAUACGCACUCCAAAUAAAGUAAGAUUAUUGUGUUUCAAACAAAUUGCGAAAGCCCAGGGGCCUCAUGUAUCAAGUAGUGUACCGCUUUCACAAUAAAAGUCAGUGUAGGGACAAAAGUGGAAGUAUGUAUUCAAAGAAAUACAAACAUAUCAAACCGUACGCACAGGUUUUUGCACUCCUUUAAUUUAGACAUCCCGAGUGUGGAAUGGAGUGUACCUGAGUCACACUACCCCCCACCCACAUCCUUACAUUAUACCAUUUAAAUAUGUUAAAUCGAUGCAAAUACGUCCACUGUGUGUAAUUCUCUACUCUGAUUAAAAAUGGAUUCUGGAUGCAGGAAAUUACAAAUUAAAUGGACAAAAAUAUAACAAACUUACCGGGAAUAAACACUGCCUCCCCCUGGAUUUAACAAAGGUCUAUGUAUGAUGUGUGGUUGCUGCAGCUGGUCAGGUCUAGGUUCAGCCACAGUCUGCUCAAACAAUGAGGUCAGCUGAUUACCUGAAUAUACUGAAUGAGCAGGUUAUUCCAUCAAUGGGUUGUUUCUGCCCUGAUGGCACGCCCAUAUUCCAAGAUGACAAUGCCGGGAUUCAUGGGGCUGGAAUUGUCAAAGAGUAGCUCAGGGAGCAUAAGACAUCAUUUUCACACAUGGAUUGGCUCCACAGAGUCCAGACCUUAACCCCGUUGUGAAUCUUUGAGAUGUGCUGGAGAAGGUCAGAUUCUGAUUUGAUUUGAUUUAUUGAUUUAACAGGAAAAGAUUAUUAAAAAUCAAGC